AUGUCUGCAGACGAAACGGAUGCGAAAUUUCAUCCAUUGGAAACAGAUCUGCAAUCUGGAACGGCAGCAACAGUAUCAGCAGUAUCAGCGGCACAUUCUCGCAGUCCCUCCCUCCAAGGAAGGCCCAUGGAUAUGAGUAUGGAUAUGGACAAAUCAUCGUCUCGGAGAAAUGAGGACCAACAGGAUACAAACGAAGACGAUUUGCUUUUGUUUAACAGGUUGCGAACAUCUCAGAACAGAACUAUGAGCUCCUUAGAACCACAGCAACAGCCACAAUAUACACCGGCUAGCGCCCCUAUGACGGAACCCUCUGCCGACUUUACUGGUUUUUCUUCGAUAACAACAUUACCGUCCCAUUCCCCUCACGACCAACAACAGGAACAGCAACAACAGCAUCUGGUAGUGCAGGCUCAGUACACUCAGGGCCAGCCGAGCUUGCAGAAUGACACGCUGGGAAUAUCCAUGGCAGAGCAACCUUUUUACGUAAAUGCCAAGCAAUACUAUCGAAUCUUAAAAAGGCGAUAUGCAAGGGCUAAACUAGAAGAAAAACUGCGAAUAUCAAGAGAAAGAAAGCCGUAUUUGCACGAAUCUCGACAUAAACAUGCGAUGCGAAGACCUCGUGGUGAAGGUGGGAGGUUUUUGACUGCUGCUGAAAUCAAAGCCAUGAAGUUGAAGAAAAGUGGAGUUAAUGACGUUUCUGAAGAUAAUCAGGAGGACAAAAAACUCACUACCAAAAUAAUACAAGAACAACCUCAUGCCGCCUCUACCGCAGCAGCAACAGACAAAAAAACAUGA